AUGGAAGAAAAGGAAACUGUUCCAAGCAAAGUGAGAAUAGCCGAGGAGGGGGAAAAGGCUAAUUCCAAUGCAAAACUUAGAUUAUUUUAUGACGUGUUAUCUCUUGCAUAUUUCUCUGUUUUAUGGAUGAUGAUGUUUUUGGAUUGUGGACCCAACUAUUUCAGCUUUUUUUACUAUUUGACAAAUUGGGGAUGCACUUCAACUCUGAUAUUUUAUUUUAUAGCAACGUUGGUAGAUUACGAACGUUUAGUGAAAGUGAAUGUAUCUACAAAUCUAAUACAUUCAUGCACAUUUGUAAGAGAGUUGAGUGUUUCAUUACAAAGUGUAAUUGUUCCGUUUUUCUGGAUAAUAGUUUAUCCACAAGAAAGGUGGAGAUCAAUUAUUUGGGAGGUGCAAAUGCAUGGCAUGGGGCUCAUAUUUAUUUGCGUUGAUUACCUCAUUCGUUUGUCAAACUUUUCGUCUCUUUCUUCUAAGAAUUUGUUUAUGGUUGUUCUUUCAUAUCUGGCCUUAAAUUAUUUUGUUGUAAAUAAACUAGAAACCAUGAUUUAUCCCGGAAUAACUUAUAACACAAUCGAGUCAUGGUUAGUAGUGAUUCUAGCUAUUUUGCUCGUUCUCACAGCUCACCAACUGGCAUCUAUCAUCACUAUUUGUUUGGUGGUGAAAAACAAGAUUUGGAGAAAGUAUGAAAAAGAUGAUUUCGUAAGUAAAAGCAUAAAAAUUGUUCAAAAGGCGCAGAAAUUUAGGAAAAAAGAUGGGAUAAGGAAGAGAUUGGGGUCAAUUUUCAUAGGAUAG